GCCGGCUGUGAUCGGAGGUGUCAUGAGCUUUGGGCAAGCAAUUGAAACUCACGAGAUGCUCCAGGGAUAACAGAUUCACAUUGGGAUAUUCUGAUGUAGCAGCCAUCGAGCCCCGCCUGAGACCAGCCUUGCUCCCAGGGAAUUUGCUCAACGUACAUACCGCAGUUUGAAAAGGGUGCCCUACGUCCCACCGUUUCGUUCUUACUAGAAGUUGAACUGGCGUGUGACUACCUUUCUAGUAUAAACUUCCGCCGAUGGAUGAUUGGAAAGACCUUCGCCCGAAUCGCUCUCCUCAGUACUCAGUGCUGGCUCCUCAACAUUGUUGCGGCGAAGCCUGUAUCGAAUUCAGGAUGCAGAUACCAGCUUCUAGAAACCAGGCCUAUAGGCCACUGUCCAGACAACCGGCCGCUCACUACGAACGAGGAGUGGUCUGUGGAUUUGUUCGCGCCCCCCACAGGAGAACCCCAGCCCAUAAGCAGCCCCGCCCAGAUCGGUAUGUUUCAAUCCACUUCUUGUGGUGUCUAUAUCUAUGAUGUGCCUGUCAACCUCAAGUGCUUCACGUCUCCUACGACUGCCAUAUCUCAGAAUACUGUAACACCUUUCACUGACGAUAUGUACAUCCGGUCAUUCUUACGUUGGGGGGCGCUCUGUCCUGUUUAUUUCUUGUGGCUGUCCGGUUCGCCUUUUCUGUAUCCUUCAUCUUGAGGCCUGAUCGCUUUCACUGCCAUCACGCUGACCAAGAAACAGUGCAUCAGUAUGUACUUUGAGGGACUUUUGUAGACGAAACUAAGCCUACCUUCGAUUAAUGGUACUUCUGACUGAUGGAUUAUACUGUGAAUGUUCCCAGCCUAGAAUCCAGUCUUAAUCCCACGAUGGAGCCUACCCCCUGCACCUCACAACAUUCGCGAGACCGAACGUGAACUGGUCGUCUAAAGGCGGAUAAUAUUCUUUGGAUCGUCACUCGACGACUUCUCGUUCUACAUGCCCAUAAACGCGUUUUGUUAGC